CUCUCGCUCUAGUUUUUCGAGCAGACGCUCAGGUCUGACAGAGACGAGGCUCUUACCGAGUGAAAAAGAGGCGGUUGCUCCGUUUAAGAGAGCAAGCAAGAGAGUUAUCGGCCUCGUGUGUUCUCUGGUCUCGAGUGGGGGAGAUGAAAUUCAAAGUUUAUUUUACUUGCCAGGAAUUAUCCAAAGUGUGUACGCGCCAAAACGACACGCGACUUCGCUCCCGACGGUAUUAGCUCCUGAGGUGCUCACGCUCGCUUUAAUAUUACACUAAAUCCGCGGAUUACGGACUUUUAACGCUCACUGUCACGCGUGUGUCAUCUUGUUUUAUUUUUAUUAUUUUUUUUCCUUCAUGUGCUCAGUUUGACUUUCUGUGAUAGUGUUUUGUGUUUUUGGAUCUUUUUCCGCCACGGAGCUCCAUCAUUGAAAUAUAUAAAGAAGUUUUAAAGGCCUGAAGAUUCUGCCUUCGCAGCAACUGAGCGCUGCGGUCGCUCCAUGGCCGGGCGCCACCGGCCUUUUGGCCUCUGUUACCGCUGACGAUAUGGCACAUAAAGGCCACAGCGGAGUUAAUCAGCUGGGCGGCGUCUUUGUCGGAGGUCGACCCCUGCCAGACUCAACCCGUCAAAAAAUAGUCGAGCUAGCGCACUCAGGAGCACGACCCUGUGAUAUUUCGCGGAUCCUCCAAGUCAGCAAUGGCUGCGUCUCCAAGAUCCUCGGCAGGUACUACGAGACUGGAUCAAUCCGGCCGCGGGCAAUCGGCGGCAGCAAACCGCGAGUAGCCACCGCAGAAGUUGUCGGUAAAAUUUCGCUGUACAAAAGCGAAUGCCCGUCAAUAUUCGCAUGGGAAAUUCGCGACCGGUUGCUUCAAGAAGGCGUCUGUACAAAUGACAACAUCCCGAGCGUAUCGUCGAUAAACAGGGUGCUGAGGAAUCUCGCGGCCCAGAAGGAACAGCGACAGCAGCAUCAUCAGCAUCAGCAUCCCCAGCAGCCGGUUGGGGUGGGAACCCCCGACAGCGUUUAUGACAAACUGAGGCUGCUCAAUGGCCAGAGCAGUUGGCCGAGACCGAAUCCCUGGUAUCCGACGGGAGCUGGAAGUCCGUUUCCUUCGCUGCAGCCGAGUCUGAGUCCGAGUCACUGCACGACUUUGCCGGUUGAUCCUGAUCUCCAUGCAAAAAAAGUGGCCGAAUUGGAAGGGGGAGCUCAUUCUGAUGAGACAAACAGCGGGGGCGAUAACAGCAACGCGGGAAGCAUUUCUGGUGGGGCUGAUGAUGACCAGGCGAGGCUUAGGCUCAAGAGAAAGCUGCAGAGAAAUCGCACGAGUUUUACUAAUGAUCAGAUUGACGCGCUGGAGAAAGAGUUCGAGCGGACUCAUUAUCCUGAUGUCUUUGCUAGAGAAAGACUCGCUGGGAAAAUUGGGCUGCCGGAGGCGAGAAUACAGGUCUGGUUUUCGAAUCGCCGCGCAAAGUGGAGACGCGAAGAAAAAUUACGAACUCAAAGAAGAGAUAAUCCACCGUCACAGCAGCAGAGCCAACAGCAAACUGGACACUCAGGGGUGCAUUUAGUAGGCGGCCAUCCGACCCCACCGCCUCCUACGGGGAUCCUUGGAGCACAAGCACCACCGCAAGUCCCUCCCUCGCCUCCAAGAAUUCAUCAUGGAUUCGCGCCGAGUGUUUAUCCAGGGAUUCCGAGCAUGCCUGACUCUUACAGUCCCAUGACGUCGAUGCCAAACUUCAGCAUGUCUCAGCAAAGUCAGCAGCAUACCACCAGCAUGUCAUCACUCACAACCGGGGGAAUGGGUCACAUGGGCAUGACAGUCGGAAUGACCGUAGGUCCAAGUCCAGCAGCGUGUCUCCAUCAGCGAGACAACGGAUACUCUUGCGGCGUAGCACGACCACCCAGUUACGAGCCUCUGCAUCUAGGAUAUGGGUCACGACCCAGCUGUAGCCCGACUCAGCCGUACCACACCCCCGGUCUGAACCAGUACAACCAGAAUGCCAGUUCGACCGGUGAGUGUCUACCGCACUCACUGCACUCGCUGCUAGCGCUCUAGCCACACGUGGGACUCGGCUACCAUCACCACUGCUAAUCGGUUUGAUUUCCCCGGGUGUCAGUGUCCCAAUAGCUGUACCAGGCCAUCAGCCGACUCCGGACAUGGCUGCCCAGUACUGGAGCCCGAGACUCCAGUGAUCCUGGUGGUCAACCAGCUUGGCCGCACCUCAAAACUGACUUACCGACCGUCGGUAGAAACUCGGUCGGUAAUUUUUUGUAUCAAGGCUUGGAUUGGGGUCUUGGUGAUACUGGACGUACUGCCACCCGUUUAAUUGAAAUUUUAUUAUUUAUGAUAUUAUAUAUAAAUAUAUAUAUGCAAAUAUAUAUUAACAAUCGUUAAGUUUGUUAAUUAACUAGAUAAUCGAUAUCAGUUAUGGAUUUUAUUUGGAUAGGAAAAUUAUUAGUUAGUCAAAUAGUUACUAAGCCCGACAUAUAAUUAUUAUUAAUUGAUUAAUUAUUAUUAUUAUUAUUAUUAUUAUUACUAAUAUUAGUGAUAUUUAUCGGUGUAAUAAAAGAGGUUGCUGUUAAAUAUCUAGCUAAGGAAAUUCAUUUUUUAAGGUUAUAAUUGUAAUUGUGUAAAAAAAUGUGAAUUUUUGAGAGGAAGGAGAAAUUUUGUUUUGACGAGACCAAUUGUGAUUAUUUCUGUUAGGUACUUAAGCGUAAUUAUAUGGAUUAUAAAUAAAUAUGUGUUAUUUUAUUGACCCACUUACCGUCCUGUCAUUUUGUAUAUUUUUUACUUACCUGUGAUUU